AUGUACUUGUCCACUCUCACAGCUCUCGCUAUCACCACACUCAGCUUUGUAACUUCUUCGCCUAUCCAGAAGAGAUAUUCUGCCGCCAAGAUUCAGUCUGUCCAAGACGGUCUUUGCCUUGCUCCCUUCACUACCUGGACUAACGGUACUGUUGUAGGUACUACGGGAUGUGAUCAAGCUGCUACUUGGGAUAUCAAUCCUGGAAGUGGUAGUAUCAUUCUGCAUGGGACUACCUGGGCGUUACAGGCUCAAGGUGGAGGUAGCACCAAUAACGCUGCUGUAGUCUUGUGGAAGAGUUCUCCUGGAGUCUUCGCUCAAACCUGGUAUCUAACUGGUGAUAACCGAAUUGCCAUUACCAACGGUGUCCAAUGCUUGGAUGAAGGUUCCACUGGUCCACAGACUUACCAAUGCACUGAUUUCAAUACCAAUCAAGCUUGGAACAUCGUCCCGGCUACUGGUACUCCUCCUCCCAAUCACACUAUCGGUCGAGUCGCUGAAAGAGGAGCUCAACCUACCGCUGCUUAG